AUGGCUUCGCCUUGGCUCAAGGUCAUGAACGAUACAUCGCAGCCAGCCAACUCAUCGACCACUUUCCCUGGCAUUUUGGACAGCGUUCUUACGACUGCGGGCCAAGCAUCGCCACUUCUCCAACUCUUUCUCUUCAUCUACCGAUUGGUUGGUGCGCAGCUAGGUCUGGAUCCCUCCAUACUCCUGACAUGUCUCGGCUGUCUUUGGGGUCUAUCGAAACUGUUUGACCAGGUAUGGGCCAUCAUAGAUAACUUCAUCACUGGCUACCUGCGAUGCACAGUCUGCGUUACCGAAGAUGAUCAGAUAUACCACACACUCAUGCAGUUUCUUUCCGAACAACAAGACAUCGCCACCAACCGGCAUCUAACUGCUCAGACUGUCUACAAAAGCGCUUGGGAUGAAGAAGAGGAUUCGGCUGAUGCCUUGGCAACGACAAUGGUCGAAGACAACCAGGACUCACCCAAGUAUCUGAACUUUGCUAGCGAUGCCGCCAGAUGCAACCCACGAUACGUCCCAGCUAUGGGCACCACCGGAUUCUGGCACAACCGAACAUUCUUCAGAGUGUACCGCAGAAAGGAAACUUUGCAGAACACCGGUGGAUGGGGAGGAAUGGCCAAGGACGUCGAAGAGCUUAAGAUUUCCUGCUUUGGAAGAUCGACUGACCCCAUCAAGAGCCUCCUGAAGGACGCAAAAACCGCUUUUUUUCUCGACACUCGAUACAAGACGGCCAUUUUCCGCCCUAGGAUCAAGGAAAACAGGCGAGAAUCUUGGAGUAUGUGGCAGCAGGUUGCCAGACGACCCAUCAGACCCAUGAGCACUGUCAUUCUGGAGAACCAGGAAAAACACGAGGUACUCAGAGACAUCAAUGAGUAUCUUCAUCCAGCCACACCCAAGUGGUAUGCUUUCCGUGGUAUUCCCCUUCGUCGCGGUUAUCUCUUCCAUGGCCCCCCCGGUACCGGCAAGACCAGUUUCUCCUUUGCAUUGGCUGGAGUUUUCGGCAUCGAUAUCUACGUCAUCAGUCUCCAGGAUCCUACCAUUAGUGAGGAGGACUUGGCUGUGCUGUUUACAAGGCUUCCCCGCCGUUGCAUCGUUCUUCUGGAAGAUAUUGAUACGGCUGGCUUGCGUCGUCCCCAUGACGAAGAGGAAGGCGAAGAAGAAACUGCCGAAGAAACCGGUGACAAGGACGCCCAGCCCAAGAAGAAAAAAAUUAAGCCUAAAAAGGAGACCGAUUCGGACAGCGAUGUGAGCAGUUCCGAGGAGGAAAGAAAGAAGCGUCGAAGAAAGCGACGAAGCAGAAGAUCCAGAGGAAAUUCCGAAAACAAGAGCACUAAUAACAUCUUGGCUGUCGAAAGUAUUUCACUCUCUGGACUCUUGAAUGCUAUUGAUGGCGUCGCGUCGCAUGAGGGUCGCAUUCUCAUCAUGACAACCAACAAGCCGGAGUCGCUUGACGAGGCUCUUAUUCGACCAGGACGUGUCGAUGUACAGGUUGGUUUCAAGAAUGCGACGGGCGAACAGGCAGCGGAACUCUUUUACCGCAUGUAUGAAGUAUCACGAAACAAGCCCAUGCCCAUGUCCAAGACUGGGGCAGCGGCACCGAAAGCUCAGAACGGAAACAUCCACGGCGCUGUGGAUAUUAAGGGACCAGCCACAGAUGUUGAUGAUGAACUCGAAGAAACAUCGAAAGAAUUCGGCAACCUCAUUCCUGAGGACCUGCUCUCGCCCGCCGAGAUUCAAGGAUUCUUACUGAAGCGAAAGAAGAGCCCCAAGAAGGCGUUGGAGGAUGCCAAGGGCUGGAUUGAGGCUACUGUGAAGCAGAAAGAGCUCAAGUCCAAGGUCGCAACUGUUCAGUAA